AUGGUUGUCCUUUCCUCCGUCUACACCGCCAAAUCCAACAGCUUCUCCAUCACCAAUCUCCUUGGUGAUGGGAAUGGAAAAGCUGCCACCUACUCAGUCAGUUUACCUCGAAAAGGUCGUGCCAGAGCAGCCCAGCAACGCAUCAAAGCCAAUGCAAGGGAGAGGGGAAGAGUGCACACCAUUGGAGCAGCUUUUGAGGCGUUGAGACGGUCAGUUCCAGUCUCCAGUGAGUGCAAAUUGACAAAACUCUCAGUCCUACGCAUUGCUGCGGCGUACAUUGAAACAUUGGUGGCAUGUUUGGAGGCCAAUCGGAUUGAAGAACGGCAGGCCGAAGGUGUGGAUGUGGACACGGAGAAGCCGGAGGAUCUUUCGUGCGCUGCUAAGACCUCUUCAAGUCAUCUUGCUGCUGAUGCAACUGCAAUGAUGCAUUUCAAUCAUUGCUCACAGAAGUUAAUGAAACGGAUACAAAAGGAGUGCAAGGAAAAUGCUCUUCAUCUGACUUAA